AUGCCAGUUGACAAGAUCCGAGUCUCCGGUGAUCCUCGCAUCUUGUACAAGUCGGCCACGGUGAAUGGCCACAAGUACGGCUACCUCCUCAGUCAGCCUCAAUCAGGCAAGUACCGAGCUACGAUCUUCCUGAUCCAUGGCUUCCCAGAUCUCUCAAUGGGAUGGCGCUACCAAAUUCCCAUGCUAGUGGACAUGGGAUUGCGAGUCGUCGCACCAGACUGCCUCGGCUACGGCCGAACAGAUGCGCCCGACGAUUUUACACUCUACUCUCAUAAACGGUGCGCUGAUGAUAUCAAGGCUCUCGCCAAUCAUCUGGGAGAGUCUAAAAUCAUCCUGGGCGGGCAUGACUGGGGCGCGGCACUCUCCUAUCGAAUCGCUCUCUGGCAUCCCGAACUAGUCAGCCACCUCUUCACUGUUUGCGUACCCUACGCCCGGCCGCAGCCUACCUAUGUGUCAUUAGAGGACCUGGUGAAGAACGCUGCCCCGAACUUGGCAUAUCAGCUGCAAUUUGCCAGCGGAGAGCUUGAGAAAGUCAUUCGUUCCAAGAGCGAGAUUAAACAGUUCCUGAGUGCGCUCUAUGGGGCCCGCACAGAGAAGGGGGAGGUUGGCAUUGAUACCGACAAAGGGUUAUUUUUGGAUAAGGUUUCCAAAUUGAAGACUUCACGUUUGUUAACUGAAGAGGAGUUGGACUAUUACGCGACCGAGUUCUCUAGGAGCGGUGUCCAUGGGCCAUUGAACUGGUAUCGGACCCGUAAGGUCAAUUACGAAGACGAACUGGCUAUUCUUGAUCGCAAGAUUACCAUCCCGGUUCUGUUCAUCCAGGCUCUCAAGGACCCGGCUCUUCCGCCACACUUGGGCAAGUCAAUGGCUAAGCAGCUGCCUAACCUGACCCUGAAACAGGUGAAUACUGCCCACUGGGCGCUGUGGCAGGAGCCCGAGGAGGUGAAUAGCAUUAUCUCGACUUGGCUGAAGGAGGUCGUGUUUGCGAAUGGCCGCUUGGGAAAGCUUUGA